AUGUCAGAAGCAAAGGAGCAGCAGGUCGCCGACCCCGGCGCCGACAAGGCAAAGGUCGAGACAACCCGUCUCAAGAAGAGGAUCCAAAAGCACUACAACGUGACUUCAGACCUGUUUCUCAAAGGCUACUACAAGUCGCCAACAGACACCGACGCACAGGCACAGAUCAACCAAGUCCUGCGUCUGGUCGAGUCGUCGGGAGUUUCCGCCGGCUCCAGAAUCCUGGACGUCGGGUGCGGCAUUGGCGGGACCGCCAGGUAUCUCGCCCGCGAGCUGGGCUGCAAGGUGACGGGCAUCACCAACAGCCAGCGCCAGGUGGAGAUCGCACGGGGCCUGAUGGCAGCUGAGGUGGCCAAGCUGGGGUCCCCGUCGUCGUCGUCGCCGCCGAGCACGGACUUUGUGCAGUACCCCUCCCCAGCCAGCGCCGAGGGGAGCGAUGCCGGUGCCGUGCGGAUCCUCCAUCUCGACUUCGAGCAGAUGCGCGAGUAUUUGGGGGCCGAGCGGGAUGAGAAGUUCGACUGUGUCUGGGUGUCCGAGGUCGUCUUCCACCUGCAUGGGAGGAAGCUCUUCUUCGACUCGGCCUCGGCGCUCCUCGAGCCCGGCGGCUGCAUCGUCGUCGCCGACAUGUUCAGGACGGCGGAGAAGCCGUCGGCGAGUGCGCAGAAGGAGCUCGACUCCAUAUCGCGCAACCACAUGUGCCCACUGCUUGGCACCGUGAACGAGUACACUCAAAUGGCCAGGGACGCGGGCCUCUCGCCGCGUCAUGAACCGAUCGACAUUACCAAAAGCGUGGCCAAAACGUGGGAUACUUCCUUGCCAAUAGGGUCGCUACUAUAUGCCAUAUCUCAGGGGAGGGACUCCAUUGGGUAUUUGCGGGGAAUGCGGUCCAUGAAGCGGGCAUAUAGUCAUGAGACGGCCAGUUAUACAAUUCUAUGCUAUGAGAAGAAUCCUUGA